AUGGAUGCUUGCUUUCUUACCUCAAGAUCAAUCUCUGGUGUCAAAGAGCUUAUCCCAUUCAUCAAAACCAGAAUCUUCUCUUGUCCCAAUAGAAACUCCAGCCAGUUUCUCACCAGGAAGGCUGCUUCUCCAAUCUCUGUAAAUUGUUCUCUUUCGGAUUCAUGGAAGCCACUAGAGGAUGAUGCUGACCUCUUCAAGGACUGUGUUAACAACAAUUCUACAUCAGAUGCUGACUGGAGAGAGUUCAGGGCAAGGCUCAUAGCUGGAGAGCAAGCUGCAACCUCUGAGGAGGACUCAUCCUCAUGGUCUGACCCAGACAUGGUGGUGGACUAUCCCUCCUCUUCACUGAUCACAACAGGUGAAAAAUGGGCACACAAGAUCCUAGAGCCAGAGACAGGAUGUCUCCUAAUAGCAACAGAGAAGCUAAACGGAGUCCACAUCUUCGAAAAGACAGUGAUCCUCCUCCUCUCUGUUGGACCCUCAGGUCCUAUAGGAGUCAUACUCAACCGUCCAUCACUUAUGUCAAUCAAAGAGACAAAAUCAAAAGUCCUAGACAUGGCUGGAACAUUUUCAGACAAAAGUCUCUUCUUUGGUGGACCUUUGGAGGAAAGGUUGUUCUUGGUUAGUCCUAGGAACGGUGAGGACAACGAGGUUGAGAAGAGUGGAGUGUUCAAACAAGUGAUGAAAGGGUUGUACUAUGGGACUAGAGAGAGUAUAGGAUUAGCUGCAGAGAUGGUGAAGAGGAACUUGGUGGGGAAUAGUGAGAUAAGAUUCUUUGAUGGGUAUUGUGGUUGGGAGAAAGAGCAGUUGAAAGCAGAGGUUUUGGCUUUGAUCAAUUCAGGAGCUGCUCAUGAUCAACCACCACCAUCACAAACUCCACCGAGUUUUCCUAUCGACUUAGAGAAGUGUUGGUCAUCUCUAUUUAAUGUCAAUGGAUGUGUACUCGAACUCUUCCAAUCGGUUUUCUCAGGCAAGUUUGGAAACGUUGGAGUCGCUUGCUGCAAGGCGUUUUCGUCCAUAGAUGCUAACUGUUGGCCUCAUAUGUUCCCGUUGAACCCGUUCUUCCCACCUCUUCUUAGAGACAAUUGUGUGCACAUUGUGUCAAAUCUACCUAAGCACAAGUGA